GUUGAGCGUUGUCAUGGUUCUUUGUGUUGUGUUUGUCAGCUAACUUAGUUUAGCCGUGUGAAACACAUACCGUCCAUCAGUCUUCUCGUUGUUUAUUCUGCAGUAAAUAUGAUGAAGUUAGCCAAAUGGACACUGACAACUGCCAGCAUGGCACUGACGAGAAAGCCUCUCGCUCAAGUGUGCGACUUCCGUUACAGAUUCACACCGUCAACAUUCAGAUACGCCGCGACUACAAGGACAAGUGAGGGCGACAUUCUCAGCCGGUUUAAAAUCGGCAAAAAGCUUGGUGAGGGAGGAUUCGGCCAGGUUUAUGAAGGGAAGCGCUUGGAGGAUGGUCUUGAGGUGGCAGUGAAAUUUGUCAAAAAGUUCAGGAGCAUGCAAUUUGUCAAAAUUGUAAGUUUGAUCAUGAAAACAAUUUUUUUUCCAAAACUGGACAAACAUAUUUUAUACUAAAAUCUUACAAAAAUCCUCUAAUCAACAAUGAUCUUUCUUCCAGCCUGGUCAUCCUACACCCGUCCCAUUAGAGGUCGGCCUGUUAACCGCUGCUAAUAGGGACCCCAAAGUUAAAGAGAUCAUUGAACUGCUGGACUGGCAGGACCAGCAUGACCAAUAUAUCAUGGUCUUGGAGCGUCCCCCACACUGCGAAGAUGUGUUUCAUUUUUGGGAUAAUCGUAAUCGCAUCCUCAGGGAGGAAACGGUACGGACUAUCAUGGCGCAGGCAACAACGGCUGCUCAGACGUGCUGUGACCGAGGAGUUUUCCACGGCGACAUCAAGUUACAAAACCUG